AUGCAGCUCCCAUUGACCCUCCUGGCGGCGCUCCUGAGCGCCGGAGCAUUGGCCGCGCCAAUCAAAGGCAUCGACCGCGCAACUAUCGAGGAUGAAUACGACUUCAUCAUCGCAGGAGGUGGCACCGCCGGCCUCGUCCUAGCGAACCGGCUAUCCGAGUCCGGUAAGCAGCGGGUCCUCGUGCUCGAAGCGGGGCCGAGCCCGGAGGUCGUUUCGGCCUACAAGCCGCCCGGCGGCAACCAGUUCCUCGGCGGCACCGCCAUCGACUGGUCCUUCUACACGACACCGCAGGAGCACCUCGAUGACCGCAUCCUCCGCUACCACCGCGGCCGCUGCCUCGGCGGUAGCAGCGUCACCAACGGCUUCUACUACGGCCGCGGCAGCGCUUCCGUCUACGACGACUGGGUCAAGAUCGGCAACCCGGGCUGGGGGUGGGACGACGUCUACCCGUUGUUCGUCAAGGGCACGCACUUCAACCCGCCAGACGACCACGAGGCCAGGGGCUUCGACAUCUCCUACAAGACCCACGACCCCUCGGCCUACGCCGACGGGCCCCUCCAGAUCGGCUUCCAGGGCUACGUGCCGCCGUCGGGCGUCGGCUUCAUCGAGGCCGCCGCCGACGCCCUGCAGAUCCCCAUCGUCCAAGACUACAACACGGGCAACAGCACCGGCGUCAAGCAGGGCACCGGCCACCUCGACGCCAACUUCAUGCGCAGCUCCAGCUACGACAGCUACCUCCGCCAGGCCCGACGCCGCCGCAACCUCGACGUGCUGUACUCGGCGCCCGUCUGGAAGAUCAACUUUGACCAGUCCUCGGGCGAGAGGCCCCGCGCCGAGGGCGUCGCCUUCAUGGACCACCCCACGGGCGUCGUGCACGAGGUCAAGGCGAGAAAGGAGGUCAUCGUGAGCGCGGGCGCGUUCAACUCGCCCCAGCUGCUGAUGGUUUCGGGAAUCGGCCCGACAGCCCAGCUCGAAGAAUUCGCCAUCGAGCCCGUCCUUAUCAACGAGAAUGUCGGCCAACACCUCAACGACCACUCCGUCUUCAGCAUCAUGGCCACCUCGACGCCCGAAUUCUCCACCUCGGACAUGGUUGCCACCUACUCGGCCCUGCGCGAGGCCCAGGACGAGUUCUACACGAACCAGACGGGCCAGUACACGGCCCCCUCCGGCAUCACGAAUGCCUUCCAGAAACUCUCCGAGGCCGAGCUCGAGGCCAUCGGAGCCGGCGAGAUCAUCACCGCCGGGCUCGCGAACCAGUCGCACAUCGAGUACCUCUUUGAGAGCGUCUUCUACCCCAGCGGGCCGACGCCGUACUACACGCCCCGCGGCAACGAGACGUACAUCUCUCUGACGGCGUCGAGCAUGGUGGCGCUGUCCAGGGGCAACGUCACCCUGCGGUCGAGCUCCAUGGCCGAGUUCCCUCGGAUCAACCCUAACUACUUCGCUCACCCUGUGGAUCGCAUCAUCGCCCUUGCUUCCUUCAAGUAUCUCCGCAAGAUCCUCGCCCACCCGCGCAUGGCCGCCUUCACCGUGGGGCCGAACAACGGCGAGGUCUCCCCCGGCGCCGACAACGUGUCCGAGGACGACGAGGACGCCGUCCUCGCCUACGUCCGCGCCAACACGAUCCCCAACUGGCACGCUUCCGGCACGAACCAGAUGCUGCCGGAGGCUGACGGCGGCGUCGUCGACCCGAGGCUGCGCGUCUACGGCGUCGACGGCCUGCGCGUCGUCGACUGCAGCAUCAUCCCCGUGUUGCCGGACGUCAACAUCGUCGCGUCCGUCUACAUGAUCGGGGAGAAGGGCGCCGAGAUGAUCCGGGAGGACUGGGACGAUUUGUGA